AAUAUUUUUUUUUUUUGCAGGACGGAUGACUGCGGAGUGCUGGUCAGGUCAGUACGGGGACGAAGAAGCCGCCAUAGAGGCAUGGCUAGACGAACAUUCCGCAUUCGUCCACGACUACUUCACCAGGAAGGCGACGCGGACGAUGGUGGACUCGUGGCUGCUGUCGCACUCUGGAGGCGGGAACUGCCCCGGGGAGCGCCCUGGCUCCGGAGCCGCAACCCCUGUCAGGAAGAUCUCAGCCCACGAGUUCGAGAGGGUAGUGAAGCCGCUGGUCACCCGCGUCGACGGAACCCCGACUUUCCUCUCUGUCCCUGCCGACUCGGAGGAGCCCCUCAGAUCCGGCCCGAGGACAGACCUCUCCGGCCUCGAAGAACGGGAGCUACUCUUCGAAUUGGUGAAGGACAUCUGCAAUGACCUGGAUGUUCGCUCAUUGUGCCAUAAGAUCUUGCAAAAUGUCUCCACCCUCCUGAGAGCUGAUCGGGGCUCCCUGUUCCUGGUUCAAGGAGGUACGAGGGCCGGCUCUUCCGGUUCUGCUUUCCGACCCGUUGGAUGCCUCCCUAUUUCUGCCAACUCUCCAGCAUCCCAGGGCUGUCACUACAGCUGUUCUAGGUGCUUGGUAUCAAAGCUGUUUGAUGUUUGCUCCCGAUCAACAUUGGAAGAGGUCGAAAACAGAGAAGAAAUCCGGGUUCCUUGGGGAACUGGUAUCAUUGGUCAUGUUGCAGAAACUGGCAAACCCCUUAACAUUCCCGAUGCCUACAAGGAUGACAGGUUUAAUCAGGAAGUGGAUGCUAGAACUGGUUAUCGGACGAAAUCACUUCUCUGUAUGCCUAUUAAAGAUCUUCAUGGGGAAGUGAUUGGUGUUGCUCAGGUCAUUAACAAAGAAGGAGAAUUGCCAUUCACGGAAAACGAUGAAAAGGUUUUCUCUAGUUACCUUCAGUUUUGUGGUAUUGGUCUCCGCAAUGCCCAGUUGUAUGAAAAGAGUCAGCUUGAAGUCAAAAGAAAUCAGGUUCUUCUAGAUCUAGCGCGCAUGAUAUUUGAGGAACAAAGCACAAUUGAGCACAUGGUAUUUCGUAUCCUAACCCACACACAGUCACUCAUUCAAUGCCAAAGGGUCCAAGUAUUGCUGUUGCACAAACCAAACAUGGGUAGUUUUUCACGAGUAUUCGAUUUUGAAGCCAAUGAUCUAUCUGAGAGGGAUCACGAGGAGAGAACAAGCCCUUUUGAGAGCCGGUUUCCAAUCAACAUCGGAAUCACUGGUCUUGUAGCUACAACUGGUGAGACAAUCAACAUUGAUGAAGCUUAUGAGGAUAGUAGAUUUGAUAAAGGGGUGGAUGAAGGUACAGGAUUCAGGCACAAGACAAUCCUUUGUAUGCCAAUCAAAAAUUCGUUAGGGGAUAUUAUUGGAGUUAUACAGCUCAUUAAUAAAUUUGAUGACUUACCAUUUUCCAAAAAUGAUGAAAACUUUGUUGAAGCUUUUGCCAUAUUUUGUGGAAUGGGAAUCCAUAACACACACAUGUAUGAAAAGGCUGUGAUAGCUAUGGCUAAACAAACUGUUACCCUAGAUGUCCUAUCCUACCAUGCUACAGCUUCAUUAGAAGAUGCUUUUCGGUUAAGAUCUUUGAGGGUUCCAUCUGCUCAAAGUAUUGGUUUGUACGACUUCAAGUUUGAUGAUGUGCAUAUGUCAGAUGAUGAUACUUUGACGGCCUGCCUCCGAAUGUUCCUAGAACUGGACUUUGUUGAAAGGUUCAGUAUUGACUAUGAAGUCCUCUGUCGGUGGUUGCUGUCAGUGAAGAAAAACUAUAGAAAUGUUACAUAUCAUAACUGGAGGCAUGCUUUCAAUGUAGCCCAAAUGAUGUUCUCUAUUCUCAUGGCUACACAGUGGUGGAAGAUAUUUGGUGAUAUAGAAUGCCUCGCUCUCAUUAUAGCUUGCUUGUGCCAUGACCUAGACCAUAGGGGAACAAACAACUCCUUCCAAAUAAAAGCAUCAUCACCACUUGCACAGCUUUAUUCAACAUCAACAAUGGAACACCAUCAUUUUGACCAAUGCCUUAUGAUUCUUAACAGUCAGGGAAAUCAAAUUUUGGCAAACUUGUCUCCAGAUGACUAUUCCAAAGUAAUCAAAGUCUUAGAAGAAGCAAUUCUUUCAACUGAUUUAGCAGUAUAUUUCAGGAAGCGAGGUAGUUUUCUUGCUUUAGUCAACCAGGGGCAAUGGAGUUGGGAAAAUGAAGAAGAAAGAGAGCUUUUACGAGCUAUGAUGAUGACUGUUUGUGAUUUAGCUGCUAUCACCAAACCUUGGCAUAUUGAAAAAAGGGUAGCAGAAUUGGUCACAAGUGAAUUCUUUGAGCAAGGAGAUUUGGAGAGGCAUGAGCUCAACAUUACUCCAAUUGACAUAAUGAAUAGAGAAAAAGAAGAUCAGUUACCAAUGAUGCAAGUCAACUUUAUUGACUCCAUCUGUCUUCCUAUUUAUGAGGCAUUCGCUGAGCUUUCAGAUGCACUGAAUCCUUUGGCUGAAGGUGUCCGAAGAAAUAAGGAACAAUGGCUGCUUGAGGCUGACCCUAAAGCAUAG